AAAAGGCGUGUGCGAGGGGCGGAAGAGCUGCGGGAGCUGUGACUGCUUGUGACCGAAACGGGAGGGCGUAGGGAAGCAGGCAGGGCUAGUACACGGCUGCCAUCCUAUCUUCUUGCCACGAACGUCGACGACGACGAGCUGCCAUUCACCCUCCUCUGCCCAGCUGAAACGGGUAUAGGAACCGGUUGCCAGAGUCGCGGCCUAGUAACCGUUCUCGCAUUGUGCCGUCCGGAGCAACAUAAGAUAUGAGCUCGAACGGACGACCGACAUCGACGGUCGCAAACGAACAGGGCGGACGACGACAAAGCAGGAUCACGGUCGAGUACCACAAGCCCAGCCGGCAGUCGAUCCAGGAGUACCACGACCUCCUCGCAAACUCCCACCUCCACGCCCAACAGGCCCAGCAAUACUCCUCCCACUUCACGCCCUCCCGCCACCCGCCCACCCCGCCCCCGCUCUCCUCCCCGUCCUCCUCCUCAACCAUCAAGUCCUCAGCCUCCGCACACAAGCCCCGUGCCUCAUUGACCAAGCCGCCGCCCUCCAGACUCCGCAAACACUCACUCCCGCCCGCCAUCAGUGCCGUCAGUGCCGCCGCCCCCCUCGGCACCAUCCCGGACAGCUCCAGCCUCCCCCCGACGCCGGCUGCGCACGACCACCAACAACACAACCCGUACGAGCAGCCCUCUCCUUCCGACCCUUUCUCCUCCAUGGCAGGCACAGUCCCACCGCCCAGGCCCUCCCGCGCCAAUACGGCCACCCUGAACGACCUCUACGUCGACCCGUCCCAGAUCCCCGCACGUCGUCUCUCGACCGGCAAUGCCCUCUUGUCGUCCGAUACCCCUCUCUUCUCGGAUCCGACGGAUUCGUUGGCGUUGUCGCCUACCGCGUCUACUACGGCCUAUGCACCGAGCGUACAACAACAGCAGUCGUCGUCGACGAUCAAUAGCCCCAAUGCCUACAACAACAACAACAACAACUCAGGCAUCGACCCCCAUCGGCCUGGGGCCGGCCUUCGCUCUCGGAGCGGGACGACAAAGGGCAAGAAAGGGAUGCUCGGCUUCAUGUCCGAUUUCCUCAACUCGAACAAGAGACCAGAGAUCUCGACGCCAUACGACCCGGUCCAUCUCACCCACGUCGGCUUCAACUCCAGCACUGGCGAGUUCACCGGCCUGCCGAAGGAAUGGCAGCAGUUGUUGUCCGAUUCGGGUAUUUCUCGUGUGGAGCAGGAGAAGAAUCCGCUGGCGGUUAUGGAGAUCGUUAAGUUUUAUCAGGAGGGGGGAGGGGAUGUGUGGGAUAAGAUGGGACAUGCGCCUGCGCCGGGUCCGUCUUAUACGGGCGGGAGUAGGAUCGACGAUGCGCUUUCGAGUCCUCGCCCGGCGCCACCACCCCCUAAAAAAUCAUCCGCCUAUCCCAGCCCACAGUCUUCACAACAACUCCCCCCAGGUCUUCCCUCAAUCCAACCCGCGUCCCCUCCAACAGCGUACCGCACCUCGCCACACCACUCGCCUCACGCAUCCCAACAACAAUCCUCUCAACAGUUCCCCACCGGCUCUCACUCUCAACAAUUCCCCUCCGCAGCCGCCGCGAACACUGGACUAGGUGCGCAAGGAGGGUAUGGCUCGAAUUUGGAUAGAUCGGCAAGUCAGAGAGCGGCGCCGAAGGUGCCUAGGAACGAGAACUUGUCGAGGGCGAAUACGACGAAGGAUAGACGGUCGCCUGCUCAACAACAGGGACCUUAUGCGCACCCUUCAGCUGGACCAGGACAUCCUUCAGCUGGACCAGGACAUCCUUCAGCACCGGGACAAGGACACGCACAGGGACAGGGACAGGCGCACGGGCAGUUAGGAUACCCGUCCGCGCCGAAGAUUUCUGCGCCGACGAAAUCGAGUCCGGGGAGUAGUUCGAGCGAUUUACCAUUGAAGGGUCAAUUACCGCCCACGCCCUCUGAGCGCGAAGCGCGCGAUCAACGCGAACGCGAAAGAGAGCGGCGAGAACGCGAGCGCGAGAGAUUAGAAAAGGGAGAAAGGGUGGAAAGGGAGAAGGGCGAGAGGAGCCAGGGCCAGCCGAGCGCUGCGGCUGCUAGUCUUGCGAAGGCUGCAGGGCAAGGGGUGGCGACGCCGAGGAGGAGGGAGAAGAAGGAGAAGGAUAAGGCGAAUGAGGCGGAUAUUGUUAAGCGGUUGCAACAGAUAUGUACGGAUGCGGAUCCGACGAGGUUGUAUAGGAAUUUGGUGAAGAUUGGGCAGGGUGCCUCCGGAGGCGUGUUCACGGCGUACCAAGUCGGCACAAACCUCUCCGUCGCAAUCAAACAAAUGGACCUAGACAAACAACCCAAAAAAGACCUCAUCAUAAACGAGAUCCUCGUCAUGCGUGCCUCUCGCCACCCCAACAUAGUGAACUACAUCGACUCCUUCCUGCACCGGAACGAGCUCUGGGUCGUCAUGGAGUACAUGGAGGGCGGCUCGCUGACGGACGUCGUCACAGCCAAUUUGAUGACGGAGGGUCAGAUUGCGGCCGUGAGUAGGGAGACGUGUCAGGGGUUGCAGCAUUUGCAUAAGCAUGGGGUUAUUCAUAGGGAUAUUAAGAGCGAUAAUGUGUUGUUGAGUAUGAAUGGGGAUAUUAAACUUACCGACUUUGGGUUCUGUGCGCAGAUCUCGGAUCCGGCGCAUGCGAAGCGGACGACGAUGGUGGGCACGCCGUAUUGGAUGGCACCGGAGGUGGUGACGAGGAAGGAGUACGGUCCGAAAGUGGAUAUAUGGUCGUUGGGGAUUAUGGCUAUCGAAAUGAUCGAAGGCGAGCCGCCCUACCUGAACCAGAACCCACUCAAGGCGUUGUAUUUGAUCGCGACGAACGGGACGCCGACGAUCGCGAACCCGGAGGCGUUGAGCGGGAUCUUUAGGGAUUAUUUGGCUAAGACGUUGGAGGUGGAUGCGGAGAAGAGGCCGGAUGCGGCGACGCUUUUGAUGCAUCCGUUUUUCGCUGGGGCGGAGCCAUUGAGGACGCUGGCGCCACUCAUCAAGGCGGCGCGCGAUAUCGCAAAGUCGAAGUAAAACCAGUAUCCUCAGUCCCCAACCUCUUCUUCUUCCUCGUCCCCAUCCCUCGACCUCGUCCGCGUCCGCGUCCUCUUUCUCUUCCUCGUCCGUGUCCGCGUCCGCGUCCUCGUCCGCGUCUUCGGUCGAGGUCGAGGUCGAGGUCGGAAAUUGUAAUCUAGCUACCAUAUAGAGUCAGAGGCAGUCGGAGUCGGAGAGAAAGAGGAGAGAAAGAGAAAGAGAAAGCAAAACUCUGUUCUGUCGGACAUUUUACCCUUCCUACCUACCUACGUACCUAGCCACCCAGUUCGCGUUCAACUCUCCAGUGCCUGGCCAUGUUCAUGUUCAUGUUCCCUCCCCAUUCCAUUCGUGAAUCGUACAAUCUGUGCAUUAUUAAACUCGUCAUCCCAUCCAUUCUGCUUUCCUUACCGUGUCACGAAAAUCUCUUGGCUGUUCAAGUGUUCAGACGUUCAACUUGUUUACCCUGUUAGGCUGUUAGGCUGUUACCCCCACUUUUAUGAUAUCU